AUGGCGGCAUCGCUUCUCUCCGAGACCGACAUCAGGCACCGGUCCAUGGCGGAGGAGGAUCCGAACGGGAAUGAGCACGGGGCGGCUGCUCGUAGCUCGGCGCCUCGCUGGGGACCGCAGCACGCCGGGGCCCGGCAGCUUGCGAGGCUCUACUCUCCCGGUAAGCGGCUCCAGGAGUGGGUGUGCGUGAUUCUGUGCCUCUUCCUUUUCAUCAUCAACUUCUCCUUCCUCCUCCUGCACUUCUACACCGUUCACAUCUUCAAGAUCAUCCUCGGUAUCGUUCUAGGAAUAGUGACGGCAGACUUUGCAUCGGGGAUGGUACACUGGGGGGCGGAUACCUGGGGAUCUGUGGACAUCCCUGUUAUUGGCAAGGCAUUUAUUCGUCCGUUCAGGGAGCACCACAUCGAUCCAACCGCCAUCACUCGCCACGACUUCAUCGAAACCAACGGCGACAACUGUAUGAUCCCCAUCCUACCACUGGCUCACAUGGCCUACAAGUUCCUCACAUACACACCAGAGGCCUUGGCGGCGUCCUACCCUUGGGACUGCUACGUCUUUGCCCUGGCGGUUUUUGUGACGUUGACCAAUCAGAUUCACAAGUGGAGCCACUCCUACUUCGGCCUCCCGCGCUGGGUCACGCUGCUCCAGGACUGGCAUCUGGUAUUGCCACGGAAACACCACCGAAUCCACCACGUCUCGCCACACGAGACGUACUACUGUAUUACGACAGGCUGGUGUAACUAUCCACUGGACCAGCUGGGCUUUUGGAGACGGAUGGAGCGACUGAUCGAACGGCUGACGGGGCAAAAACCACGAUCAGAUGACAUGGCGUGGGCCAAGAAGACCGACUGA